AUGGCCGCCCCACCAACCUCGCGCCGCCUCGCCCUCGUCCUCAUCCUCAUCGCCGCCUUCUGCUCCGCCGCCGCCGCCGCGCGGUUCGCCCCGGCGGACAACCACCUCCUCGCGUGCGGCGCGGCGGCGCCCGCCGUCCUCCCCGACGGCCGCCGCUUCGUGCCGGACUCCGGCUGCGCGUCCACCCGCCUCCGGUCCUCCUCCCCGUCCCUCUCCUCCGCGGCGCCGCCCGGCUCCCCGCCGCCGCCGUCCCCGCUCCACGCCUCCGCGCGGGUCUUCUCCUGCCGCGCGUCCUACGACCUCUCCGUCCGCCGCCGCGGGCACCACAUCCUCCGCCUCCACUUCUACCCCUUCGCCCCCGCCCUCGCCGCGUCCCGCUUCCACGUCGGCGCCGCGGGGCUGCUUCUCCUCCACAACUUCACGGUCUCGUCCCCCGUCGUGAAGGAGUUCAUCCUCCCCGUGGACUCCGACGUCCUCGUCCUCACCUUCGUCCCUGACUCGGGCUCCACCGCCUUCGUCAACGCCAUCGAGCUCGUCUCUGCGCCCGAGGAGCUCGUCGGCGACAUCGGCACCCUUGUCACGUCCGGCGGCGCCGCUCAGAUCCACGGGCUGUCGUCUCAGGUGUUUGAGACUCUCUACAGGAUCAACGUCGCCGGGCGCAAGGUCACGCCAUUCAAUGGCACACUGUGGCGGACAUGGGUAAACGAUGAGAAAUUCCUCGUCGACACCGACUCGGCCAACUACAGGGUGUGGUCAUUCAGCGGCCGGAUUGCUUAUCCCAAGGGUAGCAGGCAGAUGACCAGGGAGGUGGCUCCCGACAAUGUCUACAACUCUGCGAGAUCGGUGAAGCCAGGGACCAAUGUGACUUGGGGUUUCCCUGUGCCUGUUGGCAGCCGGUACCUUGUGCGUAUGCACUUCUGUGACAUUGCCAGUAAGGCGCUGUAUGAGCUCUACUUCAAUAUCUACGUCAAUGGUGAUCUUGCUGUCAAGGAUUUUGAUCUCUCCAGUGUCACCGGAUUCUUGGCCUAUCCUUAUUACAUUGACUUUGUUGUCGAUGUGAAGGAUGAAGGGAUACUGAAAUUGGCGAUUGGUGGCUCGAAGAAGAGUCUAUCUGAUGAAGUAAGUGGCAUCCUUAAUGCACUGGAGAUAAUGAGGAUGAACAAGACCAGUGGAGGUAUGGAUGGAGCCUUCCCAAUUGAUCUAGACAUGGAGUAUGUGGUGGGUAAGGGGAUUGGAGAAUUUGCCCGCUCCCUGCUCUGUGGUUUCAUCUUUGCUGGGUUGUUUGUGGCUUUGGUCAUGCUGGUGCUGAGGUUGAGGACCGAGCUGAGGAAUAACGGUGCAGCUUGGUCCUGGAGACCUAUGGACUCCGGUGAAGGGAAACUGGCCAGAGCAUAUCAACUUGUGCCUAGUAAGACAGACUAUUGA